AAAACCUAAGUGUAGCCUAAACUCAACUUAUGGAUGAAUGGAGCUGCUUGUUAAUUUUGACACCAAAGGAAUGACCAGUCGGAAAGUCUUGUUGGAACCUGCUCUCUCCAAACUGACCGAAGAGGAAAGAAGCAAGAUUUUGUCAAUUGUCAAUAAAGAUGAGAUUAUUCGUGUUCGUCAUGAACUGCAUGUUAUGAGACUGAAAUUGGAACUACAGGCUGUGAAACAGAAAGGAGCGAUCAAGAGUGGCGAGGGAGCGAGUAGCGCACGGGCGUGCGCGAGGUGCCGCGCAGAGCUUGGUCGUAUCAUCAACAGAGGAGCGUUCUGUCGGUGGUGCAGACACAGGGUGUGCAAGAACUGUCGGGAGUACACGACCAAUCAGACGUCCGACUGGCUGUGUACAGUCUGCUUCAAACACAUGGAGCUGACGGCUGCAUCCGGGGAGUGGAUGAACCAAUUUGUGCGGCGGCCAAGCAAGAGGCGAGACAACCGCAUCAAUGCUGUGGAGACGGUCAAGCGUAGCCUACAGCGCUCUUGGACCUUCUCAGAUGCGACAGCUUCGCCGUGGGCUGCUCUGAGGAACUCGCCGGAGAUGCGAGCCUACAGCAGCAUGCCUCGACAGAAAGAUUUCGAGUUCAUCGCCCGCACCGCCUUCACCAACCAACUCAACAAGUCCGAGCCAAACGAACAACACGAUCAACUGGAACCCAAAACAGACUCCGACAAAGAGAAUGUUUCUGAUGCAGAAACGUCUGCUGAAAAAGAAAAUGUGGAUGAAAAUGUUGUUGAAGAAAUUAUUGAGGGAAGUGUGAUCCCCUUGACAUUUACCGACAAUGAAUCCAGCAUCGGAAGUCCAGUGGUACACAAGCGUACGUUUAGUGAGAGCACUUCGGUAGACCAGUCCUCAAUCGGCAGUCCGAUCAUCGAGAACCGAUGCUUCCAUGACAGCCCUGCCGCCUCCUCCGGUGAGAGCCCCCUGGUGGAGAAGAGGGUCAUUGAACCCAUAACUGGCACUGUGUUUCGCAAAGUCACACUCAAAAAGCGUCGAGUGGACACCCGUCAUUUACCACCUGUUGAGGCAAAAUCAUCACAAGACGCUUUCAGCUAA